GCUCGUCAACAGCUCCACGACCGUCCCACAACCACCCACCUACCUGUACAGUGCGCGCAAACGACUACACGACAGCCAUGGAGUCCAACCGCCUCUUCCGCUUUCCCAAGCCAGCCUGGAUGAGCAGCGCCAACACCAGAACGGCAGGCGUCUACAUAGCCGGAGCUCUCUUCUCCCUCGGAUUCUACACCCUCAUCGACAUAUCCGUGUGGUCCAAAUCCGUCAUGAAUCCUUCUGAGCCCGCCGUGCACAUCACCUUCAUAGACUGGAUCCCUGGCAUUUGCUCCGCGCUGGGCAUGCUAGUCAUCAACUCGAUUGACAAGUCGCGCCUUUCUGCUGACAGCUUCUCGUACAGCGGUAACGGCGUGGCGUGGAAGGCGCGGCUGGUGCUGUUCCUGGGCUUCGCGCUGUUGGCUGGCGGGCUUGCUGGGAGUGUCGUCGUGUUGGUGAUGAAGUACAUCGUGCCCGAAUACGUAUGGCCGACCAUCUGGAUGGGUGUCGGGAAUGUUGUCGCGAAUGCGCUUGUGAUGCUUAGUUCUGCGGUGCUAUGGAUUGCGCAAAACAUGGAGGACGAGUACACGUACAACUUGGCGCUGUAGGAGUGUCGUGGCUCAUGUUGUUUCUUUGGUCUCUUUGGUCGAGGAUGACGCGUCUUUACGCGCUUUGCGGGUGUACAGAGAGGUGUAAUUGGAAUACCCUAGGAUGCAAUGACACGUUAAGGAUGAGUUGUGCACAUUGUACGAAUAUGGAGUGUCACGGGAGGGGUUUCCAAGGAGAGAAGCUUCAGCUGGGGUAAUUACUUUUAUUGACUUUGCAAAGCCUGAAUACAAUUAUCCCCCUGUUA